CUUGGAAAGAUGACCGUCGAUCAGGUUGUAAUAAUAUUAUUCCUCAUAAUGUCCCAAGUGUCUAUCCUUUAUUGAAAAAUCUUCCAACUACUGUUUCGAUUGCUUCACUGACUUACUAUCGGUAAUUUUAAUUAUCCCGCUGAAAACCUGCGAAAUUUCGACCUGGAUAAAAAAAUGAUCAUGCCUAUUUAGUUAACACAUCAGUUGCGGGCAAGACAGAGUCAUCACUUUGUCUACAGUCCAUCCUAAACACAAUAAUAUUGAAUUUACUCAACACCUAGGUGUUGAGCUUACGUUUGUUUUCAGUACACUAUUGAAUGUUCAGAAAUUCGGAUUGUACAUAUUGUACAUAUGAAAAUGAUCUUUGUAGCCCAUAUACAUCUACAAAGCCGCCCUACUUUGGAUGCAACACGCAAGACUUUUCUGGCACCUAUGGUACGUGUUUCAACACAUCCCAUGCGUCUUCUGUGUCUGGAAUAUGGUGCAGAUUAUGUAAUUUCUGAAGAAUUGAUCGACCAAAGAAUUAUCCGCUCUUCAAGGAUAGUAAAUGCUGAAUUGAAUACCAUUGAUUUCGUUCUACCCGAUGGUUCAGUGACAUUUCGUACAUCGGCGGAAGAGAAAAACCGCGUUAUUGUCCAAUUAGGAACUCCAGAGCCUGGGACAGCAUUACAAGCCGCCAAAAUGCUGGAAAAUGAUGUUAUGGGUAUUGAUGUGAAUAUGGGUUGUCCUAAAGCAUAUUCUAUAAAGGGUGGGAUGGGAGCAGCCUUACUGACAAAACCAGAAAUUGUCAAAGACAUUCUUACUACUUUGACUACAAAUCUCCGAAUUCCAGUUACUUGUAAAAUGAGGAUUUUGCCUGAAUUAGAAAAAACAAUUGCUUUGGCUAAGCUAAUUGAAUCGACAGGUGUUGCAGCGAUCACAGUACACGGUAGAACAAUCAAUGAACGUUCAAUGCAUCGGAAUCGUAAUGAAGUUAUUCAAGCAAUAGCUGAUUCAGUAGGUAUACCUGUUUUGGCAAAUGGUGGGUCUCGUGAUAUAAUUAGAAAUCAUGAAGAUAUUGAAUAUUUUAGACAAUUGACUAGUGCAACCGGUGUUGUUAUAGCCAGAGCUGCUAUGUGGAAUCCUGCCAUAUUCAAAUCACUUCAAGUUGACGAACCGUUACCUAAACUUGAGGAAAUUAUUUGUAGAUAUUUAACUCUGUCUGUUCGUUAUGAUCAUCAUAUAGCUGGUGCAAAGUAUUGUGUUUUACGGAUGUUACACGAUUUCGGUGGUACGCCGAUAUAUGAAGAUGUAUUAGCUUCGAAUGAACUACGUGAUCUAUGUGCCAUAUGGAAUAUGUUAGAUGUUUACGAUCAUGAAAUGUCUAAUCGACUAGAACGUUUAAAGAAUCAUCAACUUACAUUAAACAAUUCAACAGUUAAUUGUAAUCAAGAAAUAAUUUCAUCUCCUUCACUAUCAGUUUCUUCUGACUCUCUCUCAGUUCCAGAGAAACGACCUCGUGUAGAAGAACAUUUAUCAAAUACUACAACAGUAUUAGUGAAUGAUAAUAAUGUGCUUGGGAUAAAAAUAAAUAAUUUCGAAGAAAUUGUACUCUCUAUUCCAUAUGAACGUAGAUUUUGGCCUGAUCAUGGAACUAGUCCAAAACAAAUACUUCGUGAACACUGUAAAUUAUUAAAAUGGGAUUCACCUAAAUACGAAACUAUUGAAGAUCGUAACAAAAGAUCAUUUUUCAGUACUGUUUUAGUGAAUGGUAAACGUUAUCGAAAUACCAGCGCAUGUAAAUCAAAAAAGUAUGCUGAACAAGCAGCUGUAUUAGUUUGUCUACAUGUGUUAGGCAUACCCGAUGGAAAAGUUCACGCUGAUGAAAAUAAUAAGGUUAAUCUUAAUAAUAAAUAAUUUCACAUAAUAUUUUUUAUGAUUUGUAAACAAAACAAAAAUGUAACCAAAAGAGAGGUUUUCUUCAAUAUUUUGAUAAAUUUGAUUUUUGGAUAGAACAAUUGCUUAUUUAUUGAGUUAUGUAUUUGUUAACUUAUAUAGAGAUAUAACAUCAUCAUCUCCAGUCAUAUUCAACAAUUCUAGUUUAAGUUUUAAAACAAAUCUGUAGUUCCUCAGAUUUUUUUUCCAAUACGUCCUGAUAAUGGUAACUAAACU